ACCCAAUCAACGUAAUGUCUUAUUAUAGAUAAACUCUUAUUAUAGAUAAACAUCAAUGUGAACUUAAGUGGUAAAGCCAUCUCCAUCCUUCAUUUCUCCCAAGGUUUGCCAUCUCCUCACAUCUCGGCUGUAUAGAAAUGUUCAAAUGGCGCAGAAAUUUCUUUUCUCUGUUUCUCCAAUCGUUUUACUUACGUCGUCCUUUGCAACAGCAGCAUCAACUGCAUGUUAUCGAGAAGAUGGCAACCAUGCAGCAUCAGGCUCGCUCUUCGUGCCAUGUAAUCAAAACCAGAAGUUUAGCAUGUGCUAUAGAGUGAGCACUGAUGAGAGCGUGUUCAAUUAUCCCCCAGACCUAGGCUGUCUUCCAAGCGGAAUUACGAUAGCCAACGCAACCAUUAUUGGUGCUAAUCGAUAUUGGCGCCAAAGCUACAGUGACCAAACAUGGGAAAGUGAAUAUUGUCUCAAUGCGUUCAACGACUGCCCUAUUGACGCCAAUGGCAACGCUCCGGUCACACCCUGUGAUAAGGACGCCGAGCAAGCCACGACCUGGUGUUGUGGGCAGUCAAAUACAGAUUGCUGCGAUACCCCAGCCUACCCUGAGCCCCUCUUCGUCGUCCUCCUCGAGUUCUUCAAAGACCACACCCACGACAACACCUGCAUCAUCCCCCACAGAAACACCCAUACUACAAGCCAGCGGGCUCUCCACCGGGGCAAGGCAGGAAUAGGAUCCGCGGUCGGAGUAGGCGCAGCUGUAUUUAUUGGCGUAGCUCUAUGGCUACUUAUGAGACGGCGCAAGAGGAAGAAUAGGACUGAAGAGCACUCUGUGCCGGAUCUAUCAGAGAAAUAUGGAUAUGUAGGGGGGAUAUCAGAGCUGGAUUCUCGAAGAACCCCCACGCAGUUGGAUGCGCCAGUUUUUGUAAAUGAGAUGGAGGGAUCGAGGGGGAGCGCCCAGAAAAAUAGCGCUGGGAAGGCUAAUAAUGUGUAUGCGCCAUAUGGAGGUAUCCCUGCAGAGUUAGGGGAUGGGAAGAGGGAGAUAUAA